CCCGUUUUGCUUUAGGGGGGAGGAGGUGGAGGUGGGAGAGGGGAGAGGCAGCUCUUGAUUUGAACUGGCUUUUCCAAGGCGCUAGUUCAUUUGCAUAAUUUUUCUUGUCUAUGGUGACGCUGUGGUUCGGGGCAGUUCACUGGCGUGUGUGCACGGUACUGGUGCGUGAGGGGACCACAUAGAGCAGCGUAUAGAGCAGAGUAUACGCGUAUAGACUAUAGGCUGCCUCUCAGAGCUGUGGAAGAGCCCCGGCUGUCUGUCUGUGGCACGGGGGGCAGAUAAGGCUUAUCACGCUGACCCCACUGCUCACGCCUGCUUUCGUAACCUACCCAUCCACGUCGAGUCGGGAAAAGCGCACGGGGCUCCACUCUGCUCGUGUUGUUGUGGCUGCGCAGAGCGCGGUGCAUGGCUGGGCUCGGCUGUCUCCGACUGGCCCGCUGCCUUCACUUUUCUCUGGAUUACUGCUUUGAUCGAUUUCCUCGCUGAAUGAGAGAAUAUUGCCGGUCGCUGCUGCGCACUGCUCGUCAGAGGAUAAGGUUCACCCGAGGAGGCCAUUGGCGGAGAGGCGUCACGUGACCACGGGGUGCCAAUGUUAUUCUACAAGGGUGUCAAGACCCUGUCAGUUUCGGAAAUAAAUAUUGGGAAACGGCGAGAUGCAAAAGGCAACCUACUACGACAGCUCCGCAAUUUACAGUGGCUACCCAUAUCAAAGCGCAAAUGGCUACGGUUAUGACGCCAAUCAGGGCCAAUAUCCCCGGGCCUCUCAUGUGGAAAGUGAGUACCAUCGACCCGCGUGCUCCCUGCAGUCUCCCGACGGCUCCGUGGCGCUGCACAAGCCGGGAGACAUGGCGGAGGGCUGCGACAGGAGCGCGGUCAUCCAGGCGGCGCAGGCCAAGGUCCAUCCCGAAAGCAAUCAAGCGCAGGGCCCCGUGUCAGCCGCUCCCCCGCCGCCGCCUCCUCUCCCUCUCCCUCCCCAGCAGCAGCAGCCCGCCACCACCGCCGCCGCCGCCGCCCCCUCGCUCUCUCCCGGCGACGUCAGCCAAAGCACAAGCAACGGGCCCAGCUCCGGAGCCGCUCAGGGCAGUGCCAAAGCCGGGUCGCCCUCCUCCUCCUCCUCUUCCUCCUCCUCCCGCAAACACAUCUUCCCCUGGAUGAAGGAGUCGCGGCAGAACACCAAGCAGAAGAUCACCACGAGCUCCAGCGCAGUGGAGACAUGUCCCGGAGACAAGAGCCCGCCGGGGUCGGCCGCCUCCAAACGGGCCCGGACCGCGUACACGAGCGCGCAGCUGGUGGAGCUGGAGAAGGAGUUCCACUUUAACCGCUACCUGUGCAGGCCGCGGCGCGUGGAGAUGGCCAACCUGCUCAACCUGACCGAGAGACAGAUCAAAAUCUGGUUCCAGAACCGCAGGAUGAAAUACAAGAAGGACCAGAAGGGCGUGGGCAUGAUGCCCUCUCCAGGGGCGCAGUCCCCGCGGAGCCCGGUGGGCGCUCCGGGCGCGGGGAACGGAGGAGGCGGUGGGUACCUCAGCUCUAUGCAUUCUUUAGUAAACAGUGUUCCUUACGAGUCCCAAUCGCCACCGUCCUACAACAAACCUCACCAGAACGCAUACGCCAUGGCCACGUCAUACCCCCCUCCUCUGAACAACUGCCCCCCCUCUCAGCCCCAAAAGCGCUACCCGGGCACCGACUCAGCCACGCCCGAGUACGACGCGCUCCAAGGCAACGGUACCUACGGGACGCACAUGCAGGGCAGCCCCGUGUACGGAGGAUACAUGGAUUCUAUGCCCAACUCUGGGACAUCCGUUUUCGGCCUGAGCCACCUGCCUCACCCGCCGAACAUGGACUAUAACGGAGCAAUCAGCAUGGGCGGCGGGCAGCACCAUGGCGUGUGCGAGCCCGCGCCCACGUACACAGACCUAACGCCGCACUACUCUCAGGGAAGAAUCCAGGAAGCGCCCAAACUGACGCAUCUGUAGCGAACAUGGCGCAGCCUGCUCACUCUACUCCCCCUGCCUCAGAUCACUCCGCCCCAUUGUCUCUAUCCGCCACCUCCAGACGCAUCACCGCCGCUUUGUUUCCAUACGCCUCCUCAGUCCUCCUUGUUCUUCUAGGCUUCCACCUUUUGUUUCUGUCGCCAUAGUUUCAUGUGUGAAGUAGCGCUAGGAAAAAAUAAUCAGCACAUGCUUGAAUUGGGUCUGUUUGUUGGCCAUUGUCAGGGCGCUGGGCUGUAGGUAGUGACUGGGCGGUUAGGUGUAGACUAGGUUUCGGGACAGGGAGGGGAGGGGGGCCCAUAUAUUUAAUCUUUUUAUUUUCAAUCUUUCAACAAACAGGGUAUUAUGAACAUGUGUUAUUCUUUUAAUGUGAAAAUGUCCUAUUUUUAUUUAUCCGCAAUUGAAGAAUUGUGUUUUUGUUGCACUUGAGUUGGUAUUAUGAGGGUUCCCUUUGACAGACACUCUUCCUUCACUCGUGGACGUUCUGAGCUUAUUUAUUAUUAUUUUGUCCUUGUUAUGAUUUGACCGUAGGUAUUAUCUCGCCUCGUCCACACCACUGCAUUUCUUCGAGGAGGUGCUUUUCUUUGUAAUGUAAUACCAAUCAACCAUGCCAGAGCGGUGAAAGAAGGACACACAAGAGCAUUUUUUUUGGUUUUUCCUUUAUUGAAGAAGACGCAUCAUUCAUUUCUGCAGUUUAUUUUUCGAUGUAUUACAUUCCAUGCUGCUCUAAUUUGAAGAAAUAAAGUCAACAUUUGAAAUAUAUUUG